AUGACUCGGAGAAAGAAAAAGGAUGAAGAUGAGACUGUAAACAUUAGCUGCGAUUCUAUUAUGUCAACGCAAGGAACAUGUGAGUACUUGAAAAACCAGAAUAAAUUAUUACAACAGGAGUUAUUAGAAAAAACGGAAGAUUUAGAAAAUUGUCAAGCAUUACUUUUGGAAAAAGAAACAUUAAUAUACCACCUUUCAAACGAAAACCGAAGAUUUCAAGAACAGUAUGAUCUUAUUUCAUCAAACAUAGUCGAUAGGGACUGUAUAGUAACACCACUUGAGACACUCCUUAGGAGAAUUGAGAAGUUAGAGGAAACAACAAGAAAAAAUUCCACAUAUGCUCAAGCAGUUAUAAAUUCUCCAUCAAAGAGUAAAGAAAGGACACUUAAAAGUCUCAUCAUUACCCCUGAACAACAACAGUCUAACUACAGAACUACAGAACUAAGAACGAGCUGA